AUCAUAUAGAGUUAAUACUUGUUCAACAACUAGUCGUGAAUUAUUUUCUCUUUUUCAACAAGGGAGGCUUUGAAUAAAACCCUCGAUCGAUCCCUUCAUUGAAAAGGGAAAUCGGGAAGAAGAAUGGCGAUUGAAACGUGCGUGGUGUUUGGUGGACGAGGAUUCAUCGGGAAAUCUCUUGUCGAUAGGCUUCUUCGAGUCGGCAAUUGGAUCGUAAGAAUUGCCGAUUCUAUCCCAACUCUUCAACUUGAACCCUCUGAAUCCCUCCUUUCCCAUGCCCUUUCUUCUGGUCGCGCUUCCUAUUUCCAUGUCGAUGUUCGUCUUAAAUCCAAUAUUAUUCCAGCUAUUGAUGGCGCAUCAGUUGUAUUUUACAUGGAUGAUAGGGAUUCAUACGUUCAUAAUUUCUAUAUUUGCUACACAAUUGUUGUUCAAGGUGCCAAGAAUAUCAUUGCUGCCUGUCAAGAGUGUAAAGUCAAAAGGCUAUUAUACAACAGUUCUGCUGAUGUAGUUUUGGACAGCUGGCAGGAUAUACAUGGUGGGGAUGAGUCCUUACCAUAUUCCAGUAAAUUUGUGAACAUGGUAACUGAUCUUAAGGCUCAAGCAGAGGCUCUAGUUUUAGUUGCAAAUGAUACUGAUGGCCUUAUUACUUGUGCACUUCGUCCCAGCUAUGUUUUCGGACCUGGAGACAAUUAUAUCUCUUCUUUGCUAGUCAAUGUUGCAAAAUCUGGCUGGGGCAAGUUUAUUAUAGGGCUUGGUGACAAUAUAACUGACUUAACCUAUGUGGAGAAUGUUGCCCAUGCACAUAUAUGUGCUGAAAAAGCUCUAAGUUCCAGGGGAAGUCAUGUAUGUGGCAAGGCCUUUUUCAUCACUAAUCUCAAGCCGAUGACGUUCAAGGAUUUUGUAUCUCUCGUGUUUCAGAGAUUGGGAUAUCAAAGGUCCAUUAUCAAGAUUCCUGCUAGGUUUACACAAUAUGUUACUUUGAUCAUAAAAUGGACAAUUUCAAGGAUGAGCAAUUGGAGGGCUGAGAAUGUGCCAGUUCUUUAUAUUAUUGAAUUAGCAUUGUGCCAUAGGAGAUUUAAUUGCUCGGCGGCUCAGAAAUAUAUUGGAUAUUCACCAGUUGUUUCCCUUGAAGAAGGAGUUGCUUUAACCGCUAAGUCCACUCAAUUAGCCAGAGAAUCAUCUUUCUCAAGCUAUAGUGACACUGAUGAGGAGUCAAAAGUGCAUAAACUGCUAGGUGGUGGAAAAGUUGCAGAAAUUUUAUUGUGGAGAAAUGAGCAGAGAACAUUUACUUGUUUCCUUUUGCUGGUUUUCAUCCAUUAUUGGUUCUUCCUGUCUGGGAGGAGUUUCCUUUCAUCUCUUGCACAGCUUCUACUGAUGAUUGCUGCUGCUCUUUGGGGAUACAGCAUUCUGCCACCAACAAUAUAUGGGAUUGCAGUUCCCAGAAUAUCAUGGUCUUUCUUUGAGAUCUCUGAAGUGGAUAUGAGAACUUGCUUUUAUAAUGUAGCAUAUACGUGGAACAGAAUGAGUCAAUUAGCAAGUUUACUUGCCCGAGGAGAAGAUUGGUAUAUAUUUCUGAAGGUAUGUGUUACGCUAUAUUUUCACGCUUAAUGGUGCAUUAAAGUCCAUAUCCGGUUGUUUGAUAUGAUUCAAAACCAUUGCAGCACUAGCUAUGGCAUUCACUUCAUUCCUCAUUUAUGAGCAGUAUGAGGAUGAAGUUGAUAGUACAGCAAAUGUAAUAUACAGCAUAUCAAAAGGUGCCUUUACUUUGCUGAUGAGGGGUUUACCCUUGCCUCUGGCAGUGUUCCAUUCUGAUUCAGAAAUCCCAUCUUCUAGAUUGAAGAUCCAGCAAUGAGGUGUACUGAUGCUUUACUGACUCCUAACAACAGACAGAAGAAGAGUGAUGUAUAUCUUCGUGGCUCAGUUUCCUUAUUUAGAUUCUGUGACCUCUUGUACAAGUAGUUUGUUAACCCAACAUGUAAAUGGUCGAUCGAUCUGUAUCGUAUCAAGAAACUCAACUCCCCCACCAUUUCAUUCCUCCUAGACCCUAGCACUAGGGCUACAAAAAAGUUUGGGAAGUUAAAAGGAAAGAAAUACGACUCUCCCCUGCUCUCUGAGUAUAGGGUUUGCUCUUUCUGGAUGUGAGGUAGAUCUAAAUGAUGACAACAUCGUGGAUGAAUACUGCUUUGAUACAAAUUCUGCCUAUGCUUGCCGUUGUGUUUAUUACAAUGUGUCCAGAAACAAUGAUUAUAUUUUUAGAAAAGUAUGCCAUCUUGUGGAAGGGUGCAUCUUUCAAACGAACCAAUAGUUUUCGGAGGAUGUUGACAUUUAAAUUGAAAUUCCUUUUAUCCA